UAAUGCAAAAUCCGUAUAAUUUUAAUUCCGAGCCAUCUUUUUUUUAAAUGUUCUAUUGCCUAAUUUAAUCCGUCAAAUUUCACAUUAAAACACAUCUUUUUACCCAUCCAAAAAUAAGAAAAUAAAGAAAAACCUCCAUUAUCUCCCUCGAAGUCAGAAGACAGAACUGGAUGUAGAAGAAGCAACUCCAUUCCCCAUUCUCCAUUCUCCAUUCUCCAUUUUCCAACCAUCGAUAUACUUCUGUAUGAUUCCCGUUGAAUAAUUCAAAUACUCCUUAGCCUGAGAUUCCCAGCAUAAAAACUUGCUGUUGCUGUUGCUGAUUUCAGUUUCCAGAAUCAUAAUCAAGGAAUUGGAAAUAAACCCACGAUCCUAAACACUUCCUAAAGGCUAGAAUUGGUUUUGUGUUGUUACAGUUUUGCAAUUAUGGCUCAAAUACCCAAUUUGGAUAACGCUCCCAUUGAUUUAUCUUCUCUCAGAGCUCAAUCUCAGAAAGAGCUGUUAACGAUCCUAAAAAAUAUUCGUGGGAAAAAAUGUCUGGUUAUUGAUCCUAAGCUUAGUGGGUCACUCUCACUGAUUGUCCAAACUGCACUUCUUAAGGAACACGGGGUAGAGCUGCGGCAUUUGUCAGCUGAACCUCUGCAAACUGAGUGUACAAAGGUUGUGUACCUUGUAUGUAAUCAUCUUGAACUUAUGAGACAUAUUUCCUUGCAUAUUAAUGACAGCACAUCAAAGGGAUUACAACGGGAGUAUUUUCUUUAUUUUGUUCCUCGACGUUCAGUGGCAUGUGAACAGAUACUGAAAAAGGAGAAAGUACAUGAUUUAUUGACAAUUGGAGAAUACCCGUUAUACUUGGUCCCACUUGACGAGGAUGUAAUAUCUUUUGAACUCGACCUUGCAUAUAAGGAGUGCCUUGUUGAUGGUGAUACAAGUGCACUGUGGCAUAUUGCAAAAGCUAUUCAUAAGCUUGAGUUUUCGUUUGGUGUGAUACCGAAUUUAAGGGCAAAAGGCAAGGCUUCACUACGUGUUGCGGAGAUUCUCGACAGGAUGCAGACAGAAGAUCCUGUCAACGUAGCAGAUGUGGUGCCGGAAAUAAGUACGCUGAUUUUGCUAGAUAGAGAGGUUGACAUGGUUACUCCUAUGUGUUCUCAGUUAACAUACGAAGGCUUGCUGGAUGAGAUUCUACAUGUGAAUAAUGGGGCUGUGGAGCUUGAUGCAUCUAUUAUGGGUGUUCAACAGGAAGGGAAAAAGGUUAAAGUACCUCUGAAUUCAAGCGACAAGCUAUUUAAGGAAACUCGAGACCUAAACUUUGAAGUUGUUGUUCAGGUCCUACGUCAAAAAGCCACAUCCAUGAAACAAGAUUAUGCAGACAUAACAACAACUACUCAAACGGUAUCGGAGCUGAAGGACUUUGUUAAAAAGCUUAACUCGUUGCCAGAGAUGACUAGACACAUAAAUCUUGCUCAACAUUUGUCGACAUUCACAUCCAAGCCAUCAUUUCUUGGGCGUCUCGAUAUGGAGCACACUAUUGUGGAAUCUGAGAGCUAUGACAUAUCUUUCGAGUAUAUUGAAGAGAUGAUUCACAAGCAGGAACCUUUUCUUAGUGUCCUUCGGCUUCUCAUCUUGUUUUCUGUUACAAAUUCAGGAUUGCCUAAGAGACAUUAUGACUAUUUGAGGAGAGAGAUACUUCAUAGCUAUGGAUUUGAGCAUAUAGCCACACUGAAUAAUUUAGAGAAAGCAGGUUUUUUUAAAAAACAGGAUGUGAGAAGCAACUGGUUGACCAUCAAACGAGCUUUGCGUCUUGUAUUAGAAGAUACUGAUACAGCCAAUCCCAAUGAUAUUUCUUAUGUAUUCUCUGGAUAUGCGCCACUUAGUGUACGUCUGAUCCAGCAAGCCAUUAGAUUUGGAUGGCGUCCAAUUGAAGAAAUACUAAAGCUACUACCUGGACCACACUUAGAAACUAAAAGAGGGCAACUGUCACGUGCUUCAUCAGUGGAGUCACUGUCAGGAGGAUCGGCUAAUGUUGACAAAGCGGCUACUGGGAGACGCUCUCUAGUACUGGUGGUAUUCAUCGGUGGGGUGACAUUUGCCGAGUUAUCUGCCCUCCGCUUUCUCAGUUCUCAGGAACUGAUGGCAUAUGAUAUAAUCGUCGCUACGACAAAGAUGAUCAACGGCCAAACUUUACUAAAUCCAUUUGUGAAAAAGCUAUCUUGAAUUGUUUGAUGUUUUGAUGAGGCGCAUGCUGAGAUUUGAGUCAUCAGUCAUGUUUCAGGUUUCUGGUUUCGGGAUUCAGGUGUUGUGUUUUCAAGCUUUGACGUGCAUUGUCUGCAUGUUGAUUUCAGUUUGGUUUCGUGUUCAUUUCGAAUUGGGCUGGGUCAAUUUUUACCAUUGGACAGCUCGAGCUGAGAUGCGUGAUGAUUUAUGUUGGUUUAGUUAACAAAUCCUUUGAGUCGACUCUAAUUGUAUCGUUUGUUCCAUAGAGUGGGUUAAACACAUUUUUGUUUUGCGAAGUUUAUUUGGGUCUGCUCCUUUAAAGUUCCGUCACAGUUCGCCUCUUCCCAUCUCUGAGGGGUAAUCCUGCGGCCGCGGAAAUCAGAGGCUCCUGCCAAUCAAGCUAUAGUGUAAUCUUAUAAUUUGAAUAUGUAAAAUGUUAUUUUUGAUGUGGAAUAUGUAAUCAAAAUGGUGUUGAUUCAAAUAAAAGCAAUGUGUUAUUGCCA